AUGUGUAAAACAUUAUUGAUGAUACAAUUAAGUCGUAUUUGGAUAAUAUUAUUAACAUUAAUAUUUAUAAUAUUAACACAAAUGCAAAUAUUUCAUUUAAAUCUAAUACCAUGGCCAAAUUAUCAUUCAUUAGUUGCAAUAAUAUUGGAUUUAGUUUUGUUGAUUGGUUUGAUUGCAUCUAUUAUACAACAUUUAAAAAUGUUAAUAUUUUUUAGCUGGUUAUUAGCAUUAACAUUUUUGCUCAUAUUUUUUGGCAAUACUGUUUCAUCUCAAUAUCAAAGUGAUCUUAUUGGUAUGUACUAUUUGUUGGUUAUAUGUAUAUUAUCAUUUACUGAUGCUAUAUGCAUAAUUAAAUACCGUAUGCCUUGUGAAGAAUCUGCUCAUCAUUAUCAUCAUUUAAAUCAUUAUCCUCUUGGAUUAUUACAUAAUAAUAAUCCAUUAUCCACAACAACUACAAAUAAAUGCUCACCACAUCAACAUCAACGACAACAAACGAUUAUCGCUGAUUCAACAUUAUUACCAUUACCGCCAUUACCAUUAUCAACAUCAUCGCCAUCAACAAUAAAACAACAACAACAACAUGGUACACAUUCAUAUCCACCAACACCACCACCGCCACCUUUUUCCAAAUCACAUCCGCAUCAUUCGCAUACUCAUCAUACGCAUCGUAUAAAAACAUCAUCAUCAUCAAAUAUAGCAUCACCAUCAUCACCCCCACCAUUACAUUUAUUACCAUCAUCAUUAUUAUCAUCAACAUCGGCACUUAAUAAAAGCCAUUGUUAUGUGCCUAAAAAUGAUCCACAAUUUCAUGCUGUUUGAAUGAAAUUGUUAUUGUUGUUAUUUUUUUCCCUUGUAAAAUAAAAUACAAUUAAAAAUUCAAAUUUAAAUUCAA